CCCAAUCCGCAAGUAAUGUCUAGAUUUCGCUCGAUGGGAGCAGGUAAAAAAUCACGCCUAACUUCGCGGCCGCCGAGUUUUCAUCAAGAAGAGUAUACGCAAUUAAGUCUUCCUGAAGAAGAUCAAGAUAAAAUCUCGUAUGGUAGUGAAAAAAAUAGCGAAGAAGAAUUCUCUAUAAGUAGCGAUGAUAAAAACGGAAAUGAAAUCCAAUACGAAGAGCCAAAUUUCGAAAUUACUUCAACGUAUCUCAAGAAAGAUCAGGCCGUCCAAGCAAACCUAUUUUCAAAUGAAAUGACCCCUGUCGGAGGAUACAUAUCAGAGAAAGUCUUCAAACAGGCCAUGGAACGCGUGAUAAACAAACUUUCCAGGAUUGAAAUUAUGGUCCAGAAUUCAAAAGAAGCAAGUAAAGAAAUUGAACAUGACCAGGAAAAGUCUUUGUUACCUAGAUUCCCUAUAAAAUCAGAAGCAGAUAUUAAUGAUCUUAAUUAUUUAUUAGAAAAUUCAGAGGCAGCUCGAAAAGAAUUUAAAACAUACAUCAAAAGAGUUGGAGGGAAGUCAUUGGGCGACACCAUGAGAGCUUCGCUAAAAGAUAUCGUUGAUGACACCUUUCUCGAUAGUUCCUUUACAUGGUCGGGCAACACUAGAGAAAGCUCAGAGGGAGAGCCUUUGAAGAAGAGAGCUUUUCAGAAUGAGGUUUUCCUAAAAGAAUUAGUCGACGCAGUUGCUGCAAUGGACCCCGGGUAUACCAAAAAAAAAUGUUUUGAUGCGGCAAAAUCGUGGAUUCAACAUUGCAGAGAUCGACUGAACAAAACCGCUAAUAAAGCUAAUAAUGGACAAUGAUAAAACCAAAAAAUUUUUUAAAUAAAACAUAGAACGUAAUUUUUUAAAAUACAUAAGAUAAUUUAGAUAACUUGACCGCUCAGAUUACGUUAAACAAUGCUUUUGUACUCACUGGCGCUAAGAGCACACUUUUCAAUGACAUUGGAAAAUUUUUGUAAGAGGUAUAUACUUUCACGCAGAGAAAACUACAGUAAAAACAUGAGUCAAUUUUUUUAAUUUUUUAGUUACUCAAGAAAAAAUUGAAAACGUUAACGUGUUUCUUUGCAGUUAUUUUCUAUAUGUCAAAGUCACCUCCUUAAAAUUAAUUCUUCUUCAUCUUCUCUCUCUCUCUCUUACAAAAAUUGUCCAAUCUCAUAGUAAAGAGUGCUCUUACCACCAGUGACUAAAGUCAGCUAAGUUUUUCAAAUUUACUUUUUAUGCAAAAGUGGCCAAAUUAUUCGAAUUUGCUCACAUAUUACGUAAGAAAAAAAAUAUUGA